CAUAAAGGACAAUUGACCCCAACUGAAAAAAAGAGGCACCAGUACCAACAGACAAACACACUGUUUUUCGCUUCCACAAGAAAGAGAGUCUUUUUUCAGAGAGAGAGAGAGAGAGAGAAAAAAACCCAGUUUCUAGAGAGAGAAAUCGUGUGGCUCUGAGGGUUUGGGUUAGGGUUUUCUUUUCUUUUGGGUGGUGAUAAUAGGGAUUGGGUGUUUUUAGAGGGAGACAAUAGUCAUGGUUAUAGAGAUUUCUUCAACUGGGUCUGUUAAUAGCAAGCCUUGGCAAUUGAAUGGGCUGACUGGUUGAAUCAAAUCGGCUCAAAUUAGGAAACAAACAGAGAAGACUUUAUUUGGAUUCUGCUUAUCUAGUACAAUUUCUUUUGGAUUUUCAUGGUUAUGGCGGCUUUAAAUUAUCAGCUCAAUGGAUCUAAAUUAGGGAUCGUCAAUGAUGCUUUAUAUAAGGAACUUUGGCAUGCCUGUGCUGGGCCUCUGGUUAAUGUACCUCGUGAACAGGAACGUGUUUAUUACUUUCCUCAAGGCCAUAUGGAACAGCUUGAAGCAUCGAUGCAUCAGGGGCUGGACCAGAAGAUGCCUUCAUUCAAUUUACCAUCUAAGAUCCUAUGCAAAGUAGUUAACGUACAUCUUCGGGCUGAACCUGAAACUGAUGAAGUUUAUGCACAAGUUACAUUGUUGCCUGAACCAGAUCAAAGUGAGAUAACUUCUCCAGAUCCUCCACUUCCUGAACCUCAAAGUUGCACUGUCCAUUCAUUUUGUAAGACACUUACCGCUUCUGACACAAGCACUCAUGGGGGAUUCUCUGUUCUUCGGAGGCACGCAGAUGAAUGCUUGCCACCAUUGGAUAUGUCCCAGAAUCCACCAUGGCAAGAAUUGGUUGCUAAAGAUUUGCAUGGAAAUGAAUGGCAUUUUCGUCAUAUUUUUCGAGGUCAACCUAGACGUCAUCUGCUCACAACUGGAUGGAGUGUUUUUGUUAGUUCUAAGAGAUUAGCAGCUGGUGAUGCAUUUAUAUUCCUUAGAGGAGAAAAUGGAGAAUUGCGUGUUGGAGUUCGGAGGCUCAUGAGACAACUGAACAAUGUGCCACCAUCUGUAAUAUCAAGUCACAGCAUGCAUCUUGGAGUCCUUGCUACUGCAUCUCAUGCCAUCACUACUGGUACCCUAUUUUCCGUCUUCUACAAACCAAGGGCAAGUCCAUCCGAGUUUAUCGUUAGUGUCAACAAGUACCUUGAAGCUCGAAACCACAAGGUUUCUGUGGGUAUGAGAUUUAAGAUGAGAUUUGAAGGUGAUGAGGCUCCAGAAAGGAGAUUCAGUGGCACAAUAGUUGGUGUUGGAGAUACUGGAUCAUCAGGAUGGGCAGAUUCUGAGUGGAGAUCCUUAAAGGUUCAAUGGGAUGAACCUUCUUCCAUCUUGAGGCCAGAAAGGGUAUCGCCAUGGGAAUUGGAGCCACUUGUGACAGAAACUCCUUUGACAGCUCAACCAAUGCAAAGAAGCAAACGGCCACGAUCACCAGUUUUAUCUUCACCAACCCCAGGCCUUUCAGCUUUUGCUGUGAAGACCAACCCUCAUAGCUUUACUGUUAGCUACUCAAGUACUGCUGUUUCCAACAAUUCAGCAUAUUGGCCCCAACAAUCCGAGCCUGUGCCUGAAUUGUUUACCCCAGUUCCCAAUAAAGAAUAUGGAAAAAAGAAACCAGAAAAUGGCAAUGGCUAUAGGUUAUUUGGGAUUCAACUGGUUGACAAUUCCAAUGUGGAAGAAACUUUGCCUGUCACGACCAUCUCUUCUGGUGCUGGCGAGGAUCAGCCAGUUGUCUGUUUGGAUGCUGACUCUGACCAUCAAUCUCAACGUUCAAAUAUUAAUCAAUCCAAAACUCCUACAGUUGGCAGCGAUCCUGAGAAGUCAUGCCUGGGAUCUUCUCUACUGCAAAGUCGGCAAAUACGAAGCUGCACUAAGGUUCACAUGCAAGGCAUGGCUGUUGGAAGGGCUGUGGAUUUGACACAGUUUAGCAGCUACAAAGAGCUUCUCAGCAAACUCGAAGAGAUGUUUGACAUCAAAGGUGAGCUCUGCGGACCCACCAAAAAAUGGCAGGUUGUCUACACUGAUGAUGAGGAUGAUAUGAUGAUGGUUGGAGAUGACCCUUGGCAUGAGUUCUGCAGUAUGGUAAGGAAGAUCUUCAUAUACACAGUGGAGGAAGUCAAGGAACUGUCUCCAAAGGCGAAACUUCCACUCAAGGGAGAGUUCAAACCAGGCAAGCCAGAUUCUAAGACGACGAUUGGCACUGAAGAUCACUCGUCCAUGGUGGGGUCUGGAUUUUGACGCCGCCCCUUCCACUUAAAACCUCUACUAUGGUGAAAUUUCAACGCAAGGGGCUGAAGGAAAAGACUAAAGAAGUCCAUAACCAAUCACUCACUACUUGAUUUUCUUUAAGCUAAUAGCAGAUAAGGCCAUAGCCCAUGCUGGGGGGUCAGCUGCAGAUUUUGGGGUUAAUAGUUGUUUAGUGAGAGCCCCAUUGGGACAUUGAAAAGUGGGUUUCACUAUGAAGGAAAAAAAGAAAAAUAAAGGCAGUGGUUAUGGAUGGUUGGUGGAGUUUGUUGGUUCUUGUUUGGACAUGGGGAAAACUGGCCACCUGGAAAAGAUAACGUGGCCCAGAGAUACCCAGACAGAUGGAGACAACUGGCCGCCCACGCAUUACAGACAGGAUAAACACGCUCAAGGAAGGAAUCAAAAAUGGAGGUGACAUUUUCUCGGUCAUUUAUUUUAUAUAUAUAUUUGUCUACAAUAACACGAAAUGUCUUAGUCGAUACUCAAUAAUAUAUAUCUAUAUAUAGUUCUAUAGUCUAUAGUCCUGACAUUGUAUAUAGACAUAGCCGCCCCCCGCCCCCUGGCCCCGUUCCGUUCCAUUGGUGUAUAGCGAAAAAAUGUUGAAAAUGUUUUUGUUGAUUGUGGGGUUCCAUAUUCUUGCAUGUACUCAAAAACCCAGAACUUGAAUAGGUUGUGAGGUGGUUGUCUUGGCAUUUAUCAUAUUGACUGGUUCAAGAGCCUUGUCUGAAUUUGAUC